AUGAACGUGAAAGCCAGCCUAGAUGAAUCCGUCGACCCCUGUCAAGACUUCUAUGCCUACGCCUGUGGCUCCUGGAUUAAAAACGCUACCAUACCUGAAGACAGCAACAAAGUCGACCGAAUAACUGAGAUUAAUAACCUGACUGAAAAUAGACUCAAAGCACUUUUGAGCACAACCAACCCAAGUGACAUAGCCAGCGUGUUGAACGCAAAGAAGUUUUAUAAAUCCUGUCUUAAUCAAAAUCAAAUCGCGAGCGAGGGUAUCAAACCAUUCAAAGACAUCAUCGACAGUUUCGGCGGAUGUCCGGCUCUGAACGCUGAAAAGUUUGACGAAAGUAGGUGGAUGUUGGAAGAUGUAGUUUCAAGAAUCCAGAAAAAUCUUGGGUACGGCACGAUUCUCAAUGGCGAUCUGAUAGUCGAUAAAGAUAAUUCUAAUAGUGUUCUCUUUCACUUGGGUCAGGCCAAUUUCCUACUGACGAAAGCGCAAUAUUCUGACUCGAACACGAAAUACAUAGAUGCGUACUUCAACUUCAUGGUCGGUGCAAUGCAGGCCAUCAGUGACAACCCACAAACUGUGCAACAAGAUAUGUCGGCAGUCCUCAAUCUCGAGAAGAAACUCGUUCAGUUUUCUAAGAAUAGGGACGAAAAGUUAAAAAGAGAAGCCUAUAACAAAAUUCUUUACAGAAAUCUUGACAGCACCCUAUCGACAAAGUUUAACUGGAAGUUGUACCUGAGCAACAUAAUUCCCAACUAUUUUGUUGACGAUACGCCAAUUGUGACCCUUGAAAAAGAAUAUCUGAUUGAAAUGGCUAACAUUGUUCAGACCACACCGAAGAGGACUUUAGCAAAUUUCGUAAUCUGGUCAGUUGUUCAGAAUAUGUUCAAUAACUUCAUUCUACCUGCUCAGCUGAAAGCCCACUUAAACACCUUCACAACUGUCCUGACUGGAGCAAUGAAAGAGGUGCCGAUUGACACUCAGUGCGAGCAGAUGACAGCCAAAUAUUUCGCAGAUCCUCUCAGUAGAAUUUACGUUGAAAAAUAUUUCCAGCAAGACAUUAUGAAUUUAGUGAUUGACAUGGUCGAUAGGAUGGUAUAUGAAUUCAAAAACCUGAUCAGAAGCAACAAAUGGAUGGAUGACUCAACUAAGGAAGAAGCACUUGUAAAAUUGAAUUUAAUGAGCCGUAAAGUUGGCUAUCCCGACUAUCUCUUCAACAAUACUUUCCUGGAGUCUACUUAUGGAAAAAUGCAGAUCGAUGAAAACCAGUGCACCAAAAACAUUCUCAGCUUACUAAAACACAAAGCCGAUAAGGACAACAGUAUGGUUUUCAAACCAUUAGACAAAUAUUCUAGGUGGACUCUGGAUCCAAUCACAGUGAACGCUCAAUACAAUCCUCAGGCAAAUGAUAUAGGUGCGCAACCAAUGAACUAUGGCGCUUUCGGAAUGUUUAUAGGCCACGAAAUAAGCCAUGGAUUCGACAUCUCAGGUAAGUUGUACGACGGAUAUGGAAACAUGAGGAACUGGUGGAGUAACAGCAGUGAUGUCCUCUACAAGGAGAAAACCGACUGUUUGGUCAGGAAGUACAACAAUUUCUGGAUUAAGCAAAUUGGCGAAUACUUGAACGGUGAAUCAACUCUUGCAGAAAACAUCGCCGACUUGGUUGGACUACAGAUAGCUUACCAGACUUAUCGUAACUCAAUGAAGAAGGGGGACUCAGCAAAGGAAAAGUUACCUGGACUUCAAUUCACUUCGGAUCAGUUGUUCUUCAUCAGUUUUGCCCAGCUUAAUAAUGGUAGUGACAAUGAUAUCAUUUAA